ACUUUUUACCAGCUGACAUUCUAAGUAGCAUUUCCAUCUAAAUUGGCUUUAAAAAGUUAACAUUAUUAAACCUCAUCAUAAAAAUGCCUGUGUUAACUGUAGAAAACUCCGAAGACUAUCAGAAAUACAUUAGCGCUGAUAAAACAACUGUUGCACUUUUCGCUGCCGACUGGGCCGAGCAAUGUGCUCAAGUUACCGAUGUGCUCAAAGAGCUGGACAGCAUUUUGGGCGAUAAGUUACAAUUCAUCACGCUAAAUGCUGAAAAGUACCCUGAAAUAUCAAUGAAACAUCAGAUCGAGGCAGUACCGACAGUAAUAUUCUUCAACAAGGGCUCGGCUGUGGAUCGCGUGGAUGGUGUGGAUGUUGCUGCCAUUACCAGCAAGUCCAAGAAGCUAGCCGAAAGUGCAAGCAGCGCUGCGGCAACUGGACAAACCCUGAAUGAUCGUUUGACAGCGCUAAUCAAUAAAGCGCCGCUGAUGAUAUUCAUGAAGGGCGAUCGAAAUGCUCCACGCUGUGGCUUCUCAAAGCAGCUGAUUGCUAUCAUUAACGAAACAAAUUUGCCGUAUGAAACUUUUGAUAUUCUUUCUGAUGAAGAGGUUCGUCAGGGAUUGAAGACAUUUUCAGACUGGCCAACAUAUCCGCAAGUUUAUGUAAAAGGAGAACUUAUUGGUGGCUUGGAUAUUAUCAAGGAACUGCUAGCGAACAACGAACUUGAAGCGUCACUAAAAGGCUAAACAUUUCAAGUCAUCCAUCCACUCAUUAGCCUAAUGAAAUCUGGAACAACUAACGCUUCUCACAAAUUUACAAUGUCCAAAAACUUUUAUAUUCCUAAAUAAAAGAGUCUUUGACA